AUGUUCCCACAACUCACAUCACUUCUUUUUUGGACACUGGUAGUCACUUCGGGUGUUGGUGCUAGCCAGCAUGAAGCCCCGGUAGAUCUGGUGGUGCGAAGCAGCCCUGGCAAGACAGCUUCCAACACACUACUAGCCUUCCGUCGGUAUCUCGCCAACGCCAGACUCGAGGGAAGAGAGACCAAGUUCAGUAACAGCACUUCACUUGACACUGGAUUUGACAAUGCAAUUCUCUUCAAGUAUGAGCAAGAAGUUGAGACCGGCGCCAACGUCACAGCGAGUGCGGGCAUUGAGAUUGUGUGCACCAAGUGUUACAUCAAAGGCAAAGCCAGCGCUCACCUCACGAUCGACGGCACCUUCAAUGCAACGAAAGUGGCAACUGACAUCGGAAACGAGUUUGGAGAGACUUUCGACAACAUCACCACAUACGCAAAGAACUACGUUUCCGGGGUGGUGGACAACUUGUCUGAUGGCCUAGAUGCCGAUGACUUUGACUUUCCGCCGUUAAACAUUACAUUCGACCUUGAUGUUCCUUCAUUUCCCGAGGCGAGCCUAGGGUUCGGGUUCGAAGAUUUGGAGAUUUAUAUGCAGCUUGACACUGCUCUGUCAGCUGGCCUAUCGUACACACUCAAUCUUUACACGUCAACUACUCCUCUAGGCUCAAAGAUCGGAGAUGAUUUGCUUCUUGGUGUCGUAUUCUCCAUUGACCUUAUCUUGAGCGUUGAAAGCGAGCUCCAGAUGAGUAGCGGCUUUCACCUCCGGAUGGACGACGAAGUCGGCUUUGAUAUUGCCCUCUUUUCCAAGAACGUUUCCAGCGUCAACUUUAAUGGUGGCCAAUUCGAAUUCCUCCCCGUCAUCAUCGAAAGCGCCGGUGUAGAGCUCAAGGCUGUCCUCCGCGCAGGCUUCAGUGCCGGCAUUGAAAUCUCGUCUCCCGUUGACAGCAAGGAGAUUGAACUCUUCAACAACACUAUCAAAGUCCCAGGUGCCUCGGCCGGGAUAGAGGUCAGCGUAUUUGCAAACAUUGCUGAAUUGAGCACCAACGUUACGGCCUUGUCGACUCCAGACGAGAACGGCUGCGUCUUGAGGGCCGUCAACGCGUAUCAGUUUGCACUCGGUGCUGCGGCUGGCGCUUCGGUGCAGAUCGGCGACCGCAUCUGGGGUCCGGUGCCCAACACUCAGAUUCCGCUGUUUUACACCACACUUGGAGAUGCCUGUGCCAGCACACGUGUUCCGACUACAACAGCAAUUGGUGUCUCUGCCAGUCCGACUAGUAAAGAGAAGCGUCAAGAGGAGCUUACUACAACAACGCUGAGUAAGAAGGUGACGUAUACCGGUAUAGAAUGCUUGACUACGGGCUUAGUCAACUGUCCGCCGCAACUCCAGACUAUGCGGAAGUUUGUUGCUACGGAGACAUUCAUCACAGCCGUCGCAUCGGGGGUUGAAGCGGUCUUUCCGGUGGCCACGAAGGCUAUUGUCCAGGACGUAGUCAGCUUCGGAUCCAAUGCGCAGUCAUUGAUUUCGAGCAGUGGUGCUCCAAAAGAGUUCACACCGAGUCCAAGUGCAUCUGCCACCAGCAUAAACCCUCCUGGGGUGCUCGAUGGCAAAGUUGGUGGCAUCGAUAAGAAGAUCAUUGUGGGUAUCAGCAUCGGUACCGGUGUGAUUGCCAUGGCUGUUAUCGUCGGUGCUUGCAUGACGAACGGAGAAGUAACGUAUAUUCAAGACUUCCGCCCGUCGGAGCUCCACGACCCCACCAAGAAUCAGGAGCAAACUCAGGUCAAUGUCAUCAAUGUGCAUGCAAAAUAA